UAUUUAACUGACUGUCAUUCGGUCCUGCAGAUUAUUAUUCUUGGUUCGUUCGCUCGAUAGGGAAUAAUAAGCAACCCUUGUUGUUGUAAUCAUAACACUCAUUCCUAACCGCAAUUGUUGCUAGAGAUACAGAAUUAGUCAUCAAAAGCUGGUCUGGAUGGAAGCCCUGACACCUACAUCGUGUGUGAGUCACAGGAGGAGUCAAAAUGCUAUUAUGACGCUAAAGUAUUGUUUGACGCUAAAGUAUUGUUUGAUUAUCUUUACCCUAUUUGAUGAAGUGCUAUCUCUGCCUCCAGUCAAUCGUGAGUCUGGAAUAACUACUCACUGGAAUGUUAAAGAAGACGAAACGAUUCGUCUUCCACCAUGUGAGAACAAAAUGGGGGAAAAAUAUCAAGCGUCCGAUGUCCUCUGGGGGACUGGUCGAAACCCGUCAGAAGAGACGAUGCUUAAAAACUACCACAAAGAUCCAGAUCAUAAAUUCCACCUUGUCAUCUCAAAUGCUACAUCCAGUGAUGCUGGCGUCUACUGGUGUCAGCUGAAGCUCCGUGGUCAAAGUGCCAUAAAUUGCACUCGCCAUCUAACCGUGGAGCCAAAAGAACCCGUUUAUCAGACCAUGGAUCCUACUAGAACUAGUAGGAUCCAUGAUCAGACCGAAUGGCAUCCAGCGCCCAUCAGAUCAGCGGCUGAAACAACGCACAGUCAGUUUCAAGCAUUCAAGAACCUGUGCUUGCUGAGUGGAAUCCUUACAGUAUGGCUAAACAACGUUGGUGGCUUUCGGUAGAGGGAUCAGAAAGGGAAAUUAAGAUAUUUUUGUUCUUUUUUCAAUCGUUAUUUCAUUCUAUUCUAUUCAAAUGUGACUCAAAAUAAUAUAAAAACAUAGUUACACGAUAUAAAAUGUAUCAGUAUGAUUUUUCAUAACGACACUGCCGAUAUUUUGUUUUCCUUCCAUUAUAUAAUAAGAGGCGAUUAUUUUGCAGGGUUUCUUUUAGUAUAUUAUACUAUUAAAAAGAAACUCUAUUUUGAAAAUGAAGAUGCCAUGUUUCUUUCCUGAGUUUCUUUUUUAUCAGGUUUUUAUUCUAGCAAAGUAAAGAGAGCAAUAAUCUUAAUAAUACAGAAAAUGAUCAAUAGUGAAUUAGAUUUUGAUGGGUCGUUUAUAAAAAAAUGUAUAAUUGUCAAAGAAAUGAAAGAAAUCGAUUUUGCAGGAAAUUAAUACUUUCCAAACUAGAUACUUUAUUAAUUGUUGACAAUCUUCGAUUAACUUAGCAUGACUUUCAGGAACAUUAGGACAGUUUCCUUUGUACAUAUUCUGAGCAGCUCUCAAAAACAAUUUAAGUACUCAUAUUUCCAGUCUUAUUUAUGGCGAUUCAUUUCAGUCAUCAAUCUAAAAUAUUUGGUCAUCGUGCCUCGUGGGUUUGGGACCCCUUAAGCAAGUUUUGAUCAAGAAACUGAUGGCCCAAUGUAAUGAAAUUAUUCCUAUAGUCACCAUGGUAAUUGAUAACGUUCCAUAAAUUACAAACUGAAGGAUGUUCAUUACAUGACAAAGGCUGAACUUUUUAUA